CAGGUACUUGUACUUGGUCUCGGCCCUCCUUUCCCAUAUCUAUUGCAAUUGGUCUGCUUUGUUGUAGUAUGUAUUUUUUGAUAUUGAUUGCAUUCGCAUUACUUCCGACGGCAUUCACUGCAUCCAUUGUCUCUCGAUCACAAUCAUAUCCCCUCACUUCUAGGUCAUUGGGACCCACCACUAAUCUGACUAUCACCAAUAAAGUUAUUGCACCAGAUGGAUUUUCACGUUCGACAACACUUGCUGGAGGAACAUUUCCUGGUCCUCUGAUCCGAGCCAACAAGGGAGACCACUUCGCUAUAAAUGUAGUGAACAAGCUGGACGACGACUCUAUGCUCAAAAGCACCAGCGUUCAUUGGCAUGGGCUGUUCCAGAAUGAAACUAACAAUGCAGAUGGUGUUUCAUUCGUCACACAGUGCCCCAUUGCACAAAACGGCUCAUUUCUUCACUCCUUUGACGUUCCGAAUCAGGCUGGCACAUACUGGUACCACAGCCAUUAUUCCACGCAGCAAUGUGAUGGCCUCCGCGGCCCUUUAGUCAUCUACGAUCCUAAUGACCCCCUGUCUUAUUUGUAUGAUAUUGAUGACGAGAACACAGUUAUCACUAUUGCCGACUGGUACCAUAUCGUGGCCCCAGUUUUACGUCACAUCAUUGGCGUCAACGCAAAUUCAACGUUAAUUAAUGGGCUUGGUAGAUAUACUAGUGGACCUAAAUCUGAACUUGCCGUUGUCAAUGUCGAGUAUGGAAAGAGAUACAGGCUGCGACUCGUUGGGAUGUCCUGCAACCCCUCAUUCACUUUUUCUAUCGACGGACACAACCUCACUGUCAUCGAAGCAGAUGGUAUUCUUACUGAGCCACUCUUGGUCGACUCGCUCCAGAUUUUUGCUGGACAACGGUAUUCUGUCGUGCUCGCAGCUGAUAAGCCAGUGGACAACUACUGGCUACGCGCGCUUCCCAGUACCGUCAACUCUACAUUUAUCGGUGGCCUCAACUCCGCCAUCCUGCGAUACAAAGGUGCACCAGCUGCAGAUCCGACUACGAACCACACGAAUAGCACCAUGCCGAUGCUCGAGGUGAACCUCCAUCCCCUCAUUAAUCCCGGCGCACCGGGGGUUCCUGAGUAUGGCAGGGCAGACAUCAACCUGAAGUUGGUGGCCAACAACACUGGUGGAGUGUUCUCUAUCAACGGCGUUGUCUACAAGCCUCCCACGGUGCCUGUGCUUCUGCAAAUCCUUAGUGGUGCGCAAGACGCCACUGAUUUGAUGCCUAGCGGAGACGUUAUCGUGCUGGAGGCUAAUAAGGUCGUGGAGCUGACCAUGGUUACUGGCGGCUUCGGCGCACCCCACCCGAUCCACUUGCACGGUCAUGCCUUUGAUGUAGUACAAUCCGGCGGCAGCAGUGCCUUCAACUAUCUAAAUCCUGUGCGCAGGGAUGUUGUCUCCAGCGGUGGUGAAGAUCAACAAAUGAUCAUACGGUGGGUCACAGACAAUUCCGGACCCUGGUUUUUGCACUGUCAUAUUGAUUGGCACCUCGAUGCUGGCUUUGCUAUUGUGAUGGCUGAGAGUCCUUCUGAAACUCGGAAGCACCUGAAGGGAUUGCCGACGGCCUGGGACAACCUUUGCCCCAUAUACAAUUCACUGACACCGUCACAAUUGGGGGCAGUCAACUCGUAUGAAGAAGCGGCUAAUAUAACGUCUCUGCUUCUUCCCAAUUGAAAAAGUAAUUUACCAGCAUGGGUGUGUCACAUAUUGCCGCUAGUACAGUCACUACAUUUUUAUAUAGCACGAGAGUUUACGAUUUACAUGAGGAAAUCAUAUGGCCAUACUCAAGAGAUUUCGCCUCGUUUGGACAAACAACCUGCCUCCGCCAGUGGCUAAGUAUCCAUCUGACCACCAUCUCUGCACCACUCUUCAUAAUGCAAAGUGUUACUUUAAGAUGCCGCCCGCCGCUGAAGGAUAAAGAAAUCAAAAGGCUCUGUACAUUAUGGUGGACUCAAAGAGCUCUUCCGGGUAUCUUGCAGGAUUGAUUCCUCAUGCACGUACCAAACUCAUCAGUCGCGUGGUGUAUCGAUCGAAGGUCUAGUAAUCGACGUACUUCAGCUUCCUGCCAAUUA